AUGCAAGUAGAAGAAAUUAAGCAUAAAUCCCAUUACUUUCAAGAUCAAAAUAUUGAAAUCUAAUGGAUUAUUUUUAACAGUAUGAAAUAUUAUAUUUAUUAUAGGUUUCCAAAAAAAUCAAUUACCUGCUUACUAAAUUUGUUUUGCUUAAUAAAACGAAGAUUUUGGAUUUGGCCCUGGGAUUGGAGCCAAAGUUUUAUUUCGUAAUCAAUAAGAGAUGAUUGUUUGUAAAGAAACAGAAGGUGAAUUCAUUUAUUGUGAAAAUGGAGAAUGGUUACCAUUUUAACCAGAAGCAGAUAAAAUUUCUCAAUAAAUAUAUUUAAAUGAUAAACAAAAUCAAACUUAUCAAAAAGUAUUAAGCAUAUAAGUUACCGAUUAUAAAAAGUUAAUUUAAUAUGAAGGAAGUAUUUCAGAGACAUCAAUUAUCGAGCUAACUGAAGAUUUAGCAGAUUUAGAUGAUGUAUUCAAUAGGAUAACAUAAAAUAUUUAAUUAAUUUUUGAUGAUAAGAGUUAAGUAUACUUAGAGUCAACAGAAACAAAAUCUUAAUUGUCUGUAAAGCUAGAAUCACCAAAAGGUAAGAAAAUAAUUCAACAUAAAAUACAAAUACUUCUACAAUUAAUUGAAAUGGACAAAAACGGGAAGGAAAAAAUAAAAAAAGAUUUAGAAUUAAAGUAACAAAAACUAAGGUUGGAUUUAAUUGAUGAGAGAAUUUAAUCAGAAGAGAAAAGGCAAGAAAAGGUUAUUGAAGAUAUUAAGACUUUAUUGAAUGAAAAUGAAAAAUAGAAAUUAAUGCUAGAAGAUUACUAAAAGUAGAUUUAAUAAUAAUAAAUUAAAAUAGAGUAGUAGUAAAAUAUUAUUUAAAAUAAUGAAUCUUAAUUUUCUAAAAUUUUAGAAUCUUUAAAUUAGAAAAUAAGAUAAUUAGAACAAUUUAAAUAAAUAAAAUAAUAAUAAUAAGCUUAAAAACUCUUUGUUGAAAACUUGUAAUAAAAAUAAAAUUACAAUUUUUUUGUUUAUUUAACUGAAAAACUUAAGGGAUGUUAUGAAUUUGAACUUAAUAGAAUUGAGGAUGAAAUUCCCUUUAAAUUAGGUAUUAUAGUAGAUGGUGAUUUAUAAUAUUUAGAAAAGAAAACAAAAACUUAUUUUAUAACAUUCCCUGAAGGAAAUUUAAAAAGAGGAAAUGAAUCUUAAGGUUAAUUCAUUAAUUAUCUCUUAUAAAUUGAUGAUAAAGUAGGUUUAAGAGUAGAUUCUACUAAUUAUUCACUUUAAUUGAUUAUUAACGAUUAUCCAUUAACUCCAAUCAGAAUUAGUGAAUAAUUUGAAGAAUUUUCAUUUAUUCUUAUAAGUGAUCAACCUUUAGAAACGUUUGCCUAAACUAAUUAAUAAUUAAAUUGA